UUUUCGUAUUUUCUAGAAUAUCCCCUCUUGGUUACUUUUAAAAUGCAGCGCUUUAACACUGGAAUUAAAAAUCGUUGUAGGAUCAGACAUCCCAAUACUAAUACUAAAGACAGUCCUAAACCCACAACUCCAUCUCAAAAAUAUAACUUUAAGCUUUAAAAGACCCGACUAAACUAGCUCAGCGCGUUCUCCCCCAAACCCAAGGUCUAAAUUCCUAAACACAGCUACUUCCGACCCAAACCAGGCCCCGCUGCUCCACUAAAUUCAACACGUAAUUUAAAAUUUCCAAUCCACUAUUCAACAAAUUUAGCUGAAGGAAUUACUCUGGACAUAAAAUUUUACGAAUCUUGGCCAAAUCCUUGUUGCUGAUGUUCAGGAAAUUGAAGAUUUUUGAACCUGAUUUCUUCUUGACUGUUAGACUUAGCUGCUUUAGGGAUUUUGAAGUUGAAAUACUUUUCAUUAGCUUUUGGAGUUUCUUUGUAGGCGUAAAAGCGAGGCUUUCAGGAGGGAAUGUUAGUGAUAGAUUAGUGCAACCCUUUGAGAUUAUGGUGAGUAGUUUGUAUAUGUUCGUGCUAGUCAGAAGUCCAUUGUACAUGAAGUGAGAAGGUAGAGUGGUAGGAGUGCUGUUCAACCAAUCUGAACCAUAGGUCACUUGACUAGAGAAGAUUUUUAGGGAUAAACAUUCUUUGGGCUUGAUGAUAGAAAGAAUUUUAGGGCAUCUUAUUUCAUUGAUGGCCUUGUACUUCAAGAGAACAGCUUCCGGGUAGAUCACAGGCAUAUCGUUACUAUAUAUUGUAUAUUCUGAAUCUUGUUGAUGAGUGUUCAUUGGAUUAUCUUGUAAAUAUUCUUUAAAAUGUUCGAUAUUAAGUUCAUUCUUUUUAGUAAUAUUAAUGAACUCCAAGUCAAGGUAGCUAUGAACGUAUAGAUAUUCAGAGCCUUCCCACUGUAUGGUUUUUAUUCCUAUAAAAUAAUCCCAAGAGUUAACUUCAUCUGCAUGAAAGGAGGUAUACCUAUCAAGCUUUGGGUCAUGGUAAAACACAUCUACAUCUCAGAGACUCAAGUUAUUCUCGCAGUUUUGGAGAGGCUUUAGAAUUGAAGAGUUGUUUCUUAUGAUAUGGUAAAAAGUAUUUGGAGUUAUACAAUCCGACACUGUUGGCAUUGCGAAAUUUAGAUUCUCCAGGUUUGGGAAAUGCUUCGAUAAACAAUCUUCAUCAAUUUUUAAUUUGCUGAUUGGCAUAGAACCAUGCUUCAUGCUCGGAGUGAUAUUAGCAGAUUCGUUUGUUAAUCCUACUAUUCAUAAACUCUUGAUAUUUUGAGAUAAUUUUUCUGGCAUUUUUAGUAGAUCUCCUUUAAGAAUUGGAAGUAAAUCUUUUUCUUGGAUGUGAAGCUCGGAGCAUUUUGUCUUGACUGCAAAAAUAUUCAAAUCUUGCUCUUUUGCGAGAUCUAAGAUCUUCACUUUCUCAAACCAAUUAGCUGCUUCUAUGCCAUAUCAUCUCUUGGUAAAUUUAAGAAUUGAGGACAGAUUCUCAAAUUGAUAGUUUGUUGGGAACUUAAUUUGGAUUCAUUCAGCUGAAAUAGUUGAAUUUUCUAAGCAUUCGUAAGGCAAGUUUAAUAGUAUAGAGUUAUAGAUAGGCUUCUUCUUGGUAAUGCAAAUCUCCACCUCAGAAAACUUUAAUUCAAGAGGAUAGUUACACUUUUUAAUGAACUUUCAGAAUUGGGUGAUUGCCUUUUUAGUUGAAAGAGAAAUUUUACUAUAACAGCUACUACAACUACUUAAGAAUUUCUCAUGCUCUUUCUCAAAUCCUGGAGGAAGUUUUAUUACAGGUUCUUUCCCAGAGAAAUUCUGAGAAUGCAUUCUAUUCUGAAAAGCUGUGUGAUUCUCUAGGAGACAUAACCUGGUACCUCUACAGAGUGCAUUUAGUAAUUUCUUUGACUCUUCAAAGCUGCCGUAGUACAUCAAAAUAGUAGAGCAAUGGCUGAACUUUGUCAAGAGGUGAUGAAUAGGCAUCCUUAAUCCUAAAGCAUCAAUUCCGUGGGUAUAGCUUUC